UAACCUUGAACGGAUCAAUGAAAUGUCUAACAAGCAGUCUAAAUUCUAUACCGAUUCUUUGUAAUACUGUAGUAAUAUCUUCAGUAAUAUCUAUCUGUCUUUCAUGUAAAGUUUUCAACUAACACGACAGCGUUGUCAUGAUUCGGACCGGUGUUGGUUUUCUGGUACUAUGGUUAUACUUUGAAGUUACUUAUAGUUACAAGAGGGUCUGCUUCUUCACGAACUGGUCACAAUAUCGGCCCGGUAUUGGAGAAUAUAAGGCGGAUAAGAUAGAUCCAUUUUUAUGUACCCAUGUGAUAUAUGCAUUUGGCAAAGUAUCUGGGAAUACAAUUCAGCCAUAUGAACAGAAUGACAUCAAAGAAAAUAGUAAAGGUCAGUAUGAAAUGGCAAGUGAACUCAAAUUAAUCAAUCCGGAAUUAAAAAUUCUAUUAGCAAUUGGCGGAUGGAAUCAUGGAAGCGAACCAUUUUCUGCAUUGGUGUCAGACCAGUCAAACAUGGAUGCAUUCGCAGAGAGCUCAUUGAAUUAUCUCAGAACACAUGGUUUUGAUGGCCUUGAUAUUGACUGGGAGUAUCCUGGUAGCAGAAAUAGCCCCCCGGAGGACAAAUAUAGAUUUACAACAUUGGUCAAGACAUUACGUUCAAAGUAUGACGACGAAGUGUUGUCCGCCGGACGGUCACGACUGUUAUUAACAGCUGCUGUUUCAGCAGGCAGUGGAAUAGUAGAAUCUGCAUAUGAAAUGGACAAAAUAUCACUGUAUUUGGAUUUUAUAAACCUAAUGACGUACGAUUUUGUUGAAGAUUAUAACACAGUAACAAGCCACAACAGUCCAUUUAAUGACUCAGCAAUUUAUGGCUUCAAUGUUGAUUAUGCAGUUAAAAUGUGGUUAAAUGGAGGAGCUCCGAAAGAAAAACUGAUCAUGGGAUUACCUUCAUACGGAAGAUCUUUCACAUUAAGUAAUACCAUGGAAACAGGUUUAGGGGCGCCAUCUAUUGGUCGUGGUACAGCUGGACCUUAUACAAGAGAGAAGAGUGUCUUAGCUUAUUAUGAAAUUUGUUCAAAAAUACAAACAGAGAACUGGACGGAGGUCUGGCUUGACAAACAACAAGUGCCAUAUGCAUAUCAUGGAAACCAAUGGGUUGGGUUUGAUAAUCUUAGAAGUAUUGAAAUAAAGGUAAACUACAUAAUAUCGAACAAUUUAGGAGGAGCUAUGGUAUGGGCCAUUGAUCUUGAUGAUUUUAAUGGCACCUGUGGAAAUGGUGCCUACCCAUUGACUAGUAAAAUGAAAAAUAUGUUCAACGCCUCUUCUCAUGAAUCGAUUUCAACACCGAUAUCAUCAACUGAAGAUAUAACUACUGGUAAAAGAUCUGAUGACAUUAAUAAAGAAACCACAUAUACAUCUACAGAAAGUAUUUCUAGUAACAUAUUCUCAACAAAUAAAGCAUCUAUUAAAAGUGAUAAACCAACCAGUCCUUCAACCCAAGAACCCAUCUUAACGAGAGAAUCAACAACUCAUGAUACCCUUACUGACAGCAAUACACGCAGACAAACUGCAGACACAAUAAGCUAUAAGUCAAAAACAAAUAUGGAGUCAACAGAUACACUCGAAUUAACAACUUUAACAACAAAGCCAACCGUUCAACCUUCAAUGCCUGUUUCAAAUCUUUCCACUCAUAUAGAAAAUGAUAUUACAGAGAUUACACCGUCGACAAAAACAUCUACAGAACAUUCCAGUAAAAUACUGAAAGAAACUACAAAUACCUACAGUCCUGUUUCAAUAAGUAAUCAAAAAGAAACGUCCGGAACAUCUUCAAUGCAAACUGGUUUACUAUUUUCUACUGUGAAGACAUCGACAGAGACAUCACAUUCAACAGUCCCAGAAUUAACCACAAAGUCAGAAUCAAUCUCGUUGACAGAAACUGACUUUGCAGCUGUUACUUUAUCAUCAACAACAGCUAAUUCAAAGUUACCAGAUACACAAGGAUAUUCACUAGAUGCAGAGAAGGAUUUAGACAACAAAUAUAUUAUUAUAAUUGUUUUGUCGGUGGCCCUGUUCUUAUCUUUUCUAUGUAAUGUAGUUCAAUGUAUGAAUUCACAAAAAGAUGACGACAACGAGAACUGCUCCUGCUUCCGAAAUCACAAACAGACUUUUCAGAUGUCGCAUCUAUGACCCGAGAUAUUCAGGCGAUGUAUUUUAAUGUCAUACGGCUAAAUUCUAUUCUCUAUCUAUUUUUCUUAGAUCUUUUUUUUUAAAUCUGUACUAUAGGAGAUUUUAUGUAUAACCAGGUGCAGUGGACAUAUAGACUCUUGCAUUAACAGAAAAUAAAACAAAUAAGUCAGACGCGCCUGGAAUAAUUAGGAAUAUGUGUCACCCAUUGCUUCCGUUUUUUCAUGUUCUUUGCCUGUAAUCUAAAACAAUUUUGCCUCCAACAAAAGCGUUGCCUUUGAUUUUGUCUGAUUCUUCUACUGUCAUCGAGAUUUCGAUUUGUGAUAUUUUUUUUAUCGACAAUUAAAGAAAGCACGUGGAGACAUACGGCUAAAGUAGACAAUUUUUUUAUAAUACCAAUGUCAACGCGUUCUUACUUUUUGAUUUUCAUUUUUGUAAUAUUUUGUCAAGUUUUUCAACAAAUCAUGUUGUAUUUGUUUAUAUACAAUACUUGCAAGUCUGACGGUCAAAUGCAUUAAAAUUCAGACAUUUUCAUCAAUAAAUCAUAA